AUGCUACAAGCUUUGUUGUUGGAUGAGUCUGGACUUGGUGGUGGUCUUGGUAUUGGAGGAGGUUCUGGUACAGGGAUGGGAGGCAUGGCGGCUCUUUAUCAGUUGUUGGAUAGUGACCAACCUUUCUUGUGUAUGCUUCGGAUGAUACUUGUUUCCAUGAGGGAAGAAGAUGAUGGUGAAAGUAAUAUGCUUACAAGGAAUCUUAGUGUUGAUGAAGGGUCGCUUGAAGAUAAGAUUGUUCCAUCAUCAUUAGAAAAUAGUCCACGGACAUCAAUGAGGCAGCCCCGUUCUGUGUUAUUGUGGAGCGUGCUUUCACCCCUCUUGAACAUGCCAAUUUCCGAGUCCAAGCGACAGAGAGUGUUGGUUGCAUCUUCCGUCUUAUAUUCCGAGGUGUGGCAUGCGGUUAGCAGGGACAGGGUCCCUCUCAGAAAACAGUAUCUAGAAGCUAUUUUGCCUCCCUUUGUUUCUAUUUUAAGGAGAUGGCGACCUUAUUUAGCUGGAAUUCAUGAGCUUGUUGCCACCGAUGGUUUGAAUCCUCUGGCUGUCGAUGACCCAGCCUUAGCUGCUGAUGCACUGCCUAUAGAGGGUGCUCUUGCUAUGAUCUCGCCUGGAUGGGCUGCUGCUUUUGCAUCUCCACCUGCUGCAUUGGCUCUAGCAAUGAUUGCUGCAGGUGCUGGUGGAGGUGAAGCUGCUACUCCUGCAACAGCCGUGCAUCAUCUAAAACGUGACUCUUCUGUAGUCGAUAGAAAGCCAGUUAGACUUCAAUCUUUUUCUAGCUUUCGAGAACCAAUGGAGGCAGCUAACAAGUCGUCGUCAUCAUCAUCAUCAUCAUCAUCUGUAAAAGACAAGGCUGCUGCAAAAGCAGCAGCACUAGCUGCUGCUCGUGAUCUUGAACGCAAUGCAAAGAUUGGUUCUGGAAGAGGUCUGAGUGCUGUUGCAAUGGCUACAGCUGCACAAAGACGGAAUAGAAGUGAUAUGGAUCGUGUAAAGAGAUGGAAUGUUUCUGAAGCAAUGGGAACUGCUUGGAUGGAAUGUUUGCCAUCUGCUGACAACAAACCAGUUUAUAAGAAAGAUCUGAAUGCUCUUUCGUAUAAAUUUAUUGCAGUUUUAGUUGGAAGCUUAGCUCUAGCAAGAAACUUGCAACGAUCGGAGGUUGAUAGACGUGCUCAAGUUGAUUCCAUUGCUAGGCAUCGUGCACUCACUGGCAUACGCGCCUGGCGGAAACUCAUCCAUUACUUGAUAGAAACAAAAUGUCUCUUUGGGCCCAUCAGUGAAAAUCUUUACAAUCCUGAGCGAAUUUUUUGGAAGCUAGAUCACAUGGAAAGUUCUACAAGGAUGCGAACAUGUCUGAGGAGGGAUUUUGAGGGAUCAGAUCAUUUUGGUGCUGCUGCAGAUUUUGAAGAUCAUAAGCUAUUUCAAUAG